AUGGCAAGCACAGACGAAGAAACCACCAUCCAGUACUUCAAGAAAGGCGCCGCCGUGGAAAUUAGCAGUAACGAUGAAGGAUUUCGCGGCUCGUGGUUCGAGGGCACUGUUAUACGCCCCCCCCGGGAAACAACUACCCCAUUAUCAUCGAGAUCCAAGAGGAAUUCCAUACGCAAUCAGUACAAUAAGAACAAGAAAAAUACCAUCCGGGUGCUGGUGGAGUACAAGAAUCUGAUGGAGGAUGAGGCAGGCACGAAGAGGCUGAGAGAGGAGUUGGAUUUGGUGCAACUGCGUCCGCCUCCUCCGCGAGAAAAGCUCCUGAGCUUCAAAUUCAACGAGGAGGUGGAUGCGUACUACAAUGACGGGUGGUGGGAGGGUGUAGUCACUGAGGUGCUGGGGAAGGAUAUGUACUCGGUGUUCUUUCGGGGCAAUAGGGAGCAGAUAGACUUUAAUGCCUCCCAGCUGAGGCUGCACCGCGAGUGGGUUAAAGGGAAAUGGGUCCCUCCUUUGGAAGAUGCCCCUCCUUUGGAACUGGAACAGGAUGAGAAAGUUUCAGCCCCAACUGAAUUGAAGCUCAAUAAUGAAGAGAUAACUGAGGAUAGUUUUGGCCAAGGUGCACUAGUGGAAGUAAGCAGCGAUGAAGAUGGUUUUGAAGGUGCUUGGUUUGUUGCAACUGUGAUAAAAAAGGUUGAUGAAAGAAAAUAUCUAAUCGAGUAUCAGAACCUCAGAAAUGAUGACGAUACAGAGUUUGUAAAAGAAGAGGUUGAUACUCUGCAUAUACGACCAUGUCCACCUGAUGUUGGACAAAUCGACCGUUUUGAAGUCCUGGAUGAGGUUGAUGCUCUGUAUAAUGAUGGUUGGUGGGUGGGUGUGAUUUCCAAAGUUUUUAAAGAUAAUAAGUACACUGUGUACUUUAGGGGCACCAAUGAGAAUUUAAAGUUUAAACAUGCUGACUUGCGGCGGCAUCAGGAAUGGAUAAAUGGCAAAUGGGUAAUAGCCUCUUCACAGGAUCUGAAGUCGUAA